AGUUUCAGAAAAGUGUUAUUUGUUCGAUCUUUACAGGUGAUACUGAUAUAGUGGUCUCACGCAUAUCACUGGUGUAAUAUAGCUGAAAUCUACUAGCUGGCAGUGAUGGCUAAGCAAGGCACAGUGUUGAUGACAGCUCUACCGUUCUGUCACGUUCUCUACGACUCGGAGCGAGGCAAGAGAUGCGACGAGUGUUUCGAACUAAGACCAGAUCAGCUCAAACGCUGUGUUUCCUGCAAGUUUGUCAGCUAUUGCAACAAAACAUGCCAGCAGAAGGACUGGCUUGAUCACAAGAAAGAAUGCCAUCAUCUGAGGAGAAUAGCUUCUGUCAUACCUAUAGAGAGAGCCAGACUCAUCUCUAGAAUCCUCUACAAAAUCAAGAGAGGUGUCAUAGAGGCUGAGGAGUGGAACCAGUUUGAUGACUAUCCUGAGAGAACCAUCCAUCACGUUAUUUCACAUAGAGAGCUGAUCAAGCAGGAUCCAGACAUGAAGAAGAAGGUGGCAACAAUUCUAUUCGAGACGCGACGCUUCAUGGGUAAAGACACGCCAAGCGACGACGAUAUUCUCAAUAUAUACGGCAAGCUAAUCAUGAACGCGUUUGUGAUUUGUGAUGAGAUCAACCAUCCGAUCUAUGUUGGAUGUGGCAUGUACAUUGGGCCCUGCAUCAUGGAUCACAGCUGCUGUCCAAAUGCGAUCAUCACAUUCAGUGGCAUCAGGAUGAAUGUUAGAGCUGGCACAGACAUUGCUGUGAACAACCACAACCACGCUUUCAUCUCAUAUGUGGAUCUGUUGGCACCGCGCCAAGAGAGACGUGCCCAGCUACAACCUGACUACUAUUUCUUCUGCGAAUGCACGCGUUGCCUGGACGACAGCAUUGAUGAGCUCAUGUUGAGUACAAAAUGUCCAAACAACAACUGCGAAGGUGUCAUAAUCAAGAAAGACGGGGAGUUUCAGCCGUGUGAGACGUGUGGGGCCGCGUCGUUCUCGUCUAUCUAUGCGACACUGGCGGCGGAGACGGCGCAGUGGUCGGCGGCAACGUUCCAGCGGCUGCAGCGCUGCGAGCAAGAUGGUCGUGACCCAGCAGAGAUCCUCGCUCAGUGUGAGGAGUGCCUGCGUGGACAGGACGAGGUCCUGCACCCCGUAUGGAACGUGCACCGCAUCCGGCUCAUGGACCUAGCCGCCAUGGGGCACAUGCGCCUAGAGCAGUGGGCACAGGCGGCCCAGUGUAUACUUGUCACGCUGCCGGCCAAGAGGAAAUACUUCCCGGCGAAUCAUCCCAAUCUGAGUCUGCAGCUGUUCUCUGUAGGCAAGGCUCUCAUUUAUGCAGGCAGAUGUGAUGAUGCUCUGCCUCACUUGCACGAGGCUCUUGAUAUGAUCAGUGCGACACACGGUAAUGAGCACCCCCUGGUGGAGCAGGUCGAACAAUUACUCACGGAAUGCAAGAGUGAAAUCAAAAAGAAGGCAGCUGCUACGACUAACUGAGAAUAGUGGGUGGGGAGAGAGGAAGACAUCUGAACUAGGAGAGGUGAAUACAGCUGAGCAACGAGAGGGAAAGGACUGCUAGUAUAAUCCAAAUAUGUUACGUACAAAAGUUUUGUAUGUGUCGUUAUUGCAUAAACCAUUUUACUUUUAGGAUAAAAAAAUAAAAAUGUUUGAUUUGAA